GCUGAUUCCUCUCUCUCUCUUUUCUUCUUUUGUAUAGUUUUUGUACGUCAAACAGAGGAUUGGACCCAUUUUUGCUAUAGUCUCUUUUUAGGAGGUGGACUUCAAAAGCAAUUUAAGUGCACUUUGAAUGGACUUUUGGAGAACUAAAACCUAGAGUUUUCCUUCUAGUUUGCAGGGAGAAGGAAUCACACAUUCCGUUUCAUCCGGUUGUAUCUUCCAUGAAUGUGUGUUAGAAGGUCUGUGACGCUACGGAGACUUUCGAAAUGCAACCAGACUUACUGCCAGCACUGGAUUGAGCUGAGUUCUUAAGGAGAUAAACAAUAUACAUACAUUUGACUUUGGGACAGUUCUGGGCGUUUUGUGUUUGACUGAUAUCAUUGAUGGGACCUCGGCCUCUGCCUCCACUUGAUUUAUUCAUUUGAACCCUGUCGUUAUGCUGGACCCCUGCCUUCGCAUCGACCCCGCCUCCUUCGGGGCUCCUCCAAUGAGCAGCAGCAUGGAUAAGAGAGCGAUACGCUUCGAGUUAGAGCGGCGGGCUUGUCAGAGCCUGAGGGAAGUUCUGCAGAUGAAGCUACAGCAGAGGCGGACUCGAGAACAGCUCGUCAGUCAGGGGAUCAUGCCACCGCUGAAAAGUCCGGCCGCCUUCCAUGAACAGAGACGUAGUUUAGAGCGAGCACGGACUGAAGACUAUCUGAAGAGGAAGAUCCGAAGUCGGCCUGAGAGGGCGGAGCUGGUCAGGAUGCACAUCCUGGAAGAGACGUCUGCAGAACCGUCCCUGCAGGCCAAGCAGCUGCAGCUGAAGAGAGCCCGUCUGGCAGACGACCUCAACGAUAAGAUCUCCCACCGUCCGGGUCCCAUGGAGCUGAUCCACAAGAACAUCCUGCCUGUCCACAGCAGUCUCAAGCAGGCCAUCAUAGAGACGGACUUCCCUAAGGUGGCGGGGGAGAGCUCGUCAUUUGAGGAGGACAGCAGUGACUCUCUGUCUCCUGAUCAGCUCAUUGGCCAGGAUUCUCCGCUGGGGGCGGGUCCUCUACCCUCCCCGACCGACACCCUGGGAGGAAACAGUAACCCCUCCCCCACGCAGUUUCUCAACCAGGUGCCACCCCUUCCUCCUCCUCCUCCUCCUCUUCCUCCGGUCUCUGGCCCCGCGCAGGCCAUGAAGUUGACCAAUGGGACUGCUGCUCUUGCAGCUCAAAGGACCCCACCAGCUCAGGCAAAGUCCCACUCCAAGUCGAACUCCGACCGCCCCCCCCAGCGCCCCAAGAAGGCCAAGGACACCAAGCCCAAGGUGAAGAAGCUCAAGUACCACCAGUACAUCCCCCCGGACCAGAAGGCGGAGCGGGAGCCGCCCCCCCAGCUGGACUCGUCCUACGCCAAGAUCCUGCAGCAGCAGCAGCUCUUCCUGCAGCUGCAGAUCAUCAACCAGCAGCAGCAGCACUACAACUACCACACCAUCCUGCCCGCUCCGCCCAAACUGUCAGAUCAACAGCAGCCUCCCUCUGCCACCCCCGCCUCCUCCACUGGCCCCACCGCCUCUCGCACUGCCUCCGCCCCCUCAUCAACCCCGUCCAGUCAGAGUGCUCCAAACCGUCCAAAUGUCUCUCUCGCAGGCGGGGCCAAGCCAGCGUCUUUACCUCCAAACCUGGAUGAAAUGAAGGUGGCGGAGCUGAAGGCGGAGCUGAAGAUGAGGAGCCUGCCGGUCUCAGGCACCAAGAACGACCUCAUCGAGCGCCUCAGGAACUACCAGGAACUGAACGGAGGCAGUGCUCCGGCGCCACCAGCAGGGGGAGCACCGUGGCCAGGGGCCGCCUCGUCCAGAACCAACCUGUCUCACAAGCAACAGAAGCCGUCCUCCUCCGUCCUGCACCAGGCGGCAGAGAGCGGCACCGGGGUAACAGGCAUCCCGUUCGCCGCCACGGCGCCCCAUCACAUGAUGCACUUUGGCAGCCCGGGCUCCUCCCCCCCACUGUCCCCCGCGCCUUCCGACCGCUCGGCCGCCGCCAUGAGCCCAGGCGACACCAGCUAUAACGCGGACACCUUCGGGGAGAUGGUGAGUUCCCCCCUCACUCAGCUCAGCCUCCAGCCCUCCCCCCAGCCCCCCGUCACCAUCAAGGAAGAGACCCCCUCCACCCCCUCCUCCUGCCACUUCUCCUGCCUCGCCCUGCCCAAGCCCCGGCCCCGGCCCAGCCCCGUGGCCAGACUGGCGCCCCCUCUCGACAAGGACCAGAUGCUGCAGGAGAAGGACAAGCAGAUCGAGGAGCUGACUCGCAUGCUGAGGCAGAAGCAGAGGCUGGUGGAGACCCUGCGCUGCCAGCUGGAGCAGGGGAAGAGAGGAGGCGGAGGAGGAGGGGGAGGAGGAGGGGGAGGAGGAGGGGAGGCCGUGGUCCUGGUCCGUGUGAAAGAGGAGCCGCCAGACCUCCCCAUCAUCUCUUCCUCCUCCUGCCCCGUCCGUCCCCCGCCUCCGCCCCCUCCCCCGCCGCUCCCCUUGGAGGUCGGCAAGGUCACCAUCAAGGAGGAAGCCAGCGACCCGGACGAGGCCCCCGAGUCCGUGCUGACGGAGAGCCAGAGGCAGUUCCGCCCCGCGCCCGACGAGGCGGCCCCCAAGCACGUGCAGGUGAAGCCGGAGCACGUGAUCCUGCAGAGCCAGAGGCGGCUGGAGGAGCUGCGUCUGCAGCAGACGGCGCUGCAGCUCGGCGAGCUGCAGGCCGCCCAGCAGCAGGCCCUGCAGCAGCUGCUGCUGCAGCAGCAGCAGAACCGGCAGAACCAGCUGCAGAACCUGCAGAACCUGCAGAGGCGCUCUCAGCAGAGGAAGAAGAAGUCCCACAAACAGCAGCUCAAACAGCAGCAGCAGCAACAACUGCUGCUCAAGCAGACCCAGCAACAGAUACAGACAAAGCAGUCCCAACAGUCCCAACAGCAACAGCUAAUACAGCUGAAGCAGCAGCAACAGUCGCAACAACAGCAACAGCUUAUACAGCUGAAGCUGCAGCAACAGCCACAGUCGAAGCAGCAACGGUUGUUGCAGACUAAACAGGAGAUGCACUUACAGCAGCCAGAACAACAACAACUGCUCCAGUCACAACAGAUAUCCCAGGUGUUCCUAAACCAGCAGACUGGGAGCAGCUCUUCCUUCCCUCUAGACCUCCUCAAGACACACUCCACCCCAACCCUGGUGACCGACAGCAACGGCAACCACUUCCUCAUUGCACUGACCAAUCACACCACUGAGAACCAAGGAAGUGACGCCCCUCAGGGGAAGCUGGACAAUCAUGUCAAGUUGCAGACACUACCGUCCCCUCCCACCAAGCUGCCUAGCCAAUCCCCUCCUCUGCCGUCGAGCACUGACACCAAAUCAAAACCGAGGAGCACCACAUCAGGCCUUGGGAAACAGCCAACCAGAAAGGGACAGAAGGCGGGGCUUCGGGUGUCGACCAACAACUCGCAAGGGGUGGCUCUCUCGUUCUCCGCCCCGCCCAAUCUCCAGCCUUUCUUCCUGGAUGAGGACUCAGCCCCCUCAGGGAAAGAUGUCCCGCCUUCGCCAGCUCUGAAGGAGGAGUGUUCUGAUCUGGACCAGCACGCCCUCUUCAGCCCCCCCUCCCCUGACGCCAUCAAGACCUGCCCCUCCUCUCCGGAUGACAAGGAGCAUGGCUCCACCCAGCACAUGGACGACCUGUUCGACAUCCUCAUCCAGACGGGAGAAAUCUCCGCCACUUUCAAGCCGGCGCCGGACCCCUCUCUGGCCCACCUCCGGGCCAACACUCCGGCCUCCUCCCCUUCCUCCUCCCCCCUGCAGCUCCAUCUCCCUCCCCCCUCCCCCCCCGACCCGGAGACCCCCCCGCCACAGGCCCCGACGGAGGAGGGGCACCAGGCGCCACCCACCACAGAGCAAGAAGACGUUAGCCGCCCAGGAAGCGGACGUCUGGAGGACUUCCUGGAGAGCACGACCGGCAAGCCCCUUCUAGGGGUGGAGCCUGGCUGCCCUUUGACCUUGAUUGACGACCUCCACAGCCAAAUGUUGAGCACCCCCAGCAUCUUGGACCACCCGUCCUCCCCCUCCCCUAUGGACACCUAUGAGCUGGGCUACCACCCCAACCCCCCCAACCUGGACUUUGGAGAGCAGGCCCUGGACAGCAUGGACUGGCUGGACAUCACCAUGGGAGGAGGGGGCAGCGAUGCCCCCAGCUUGGCCCCUCUUGGGCCCCCCAGUGUCUUCUCCACAGACUUCCUGGAUGGCUCCGACCUGCAGCUCCACUGGGACUCCUGCUUAUAGCCCAGAGAGAGCAGCUGCUGGCCUCAAGUACUUUAUACAAACACUGUCACACACUUAGGGUGCACUUGAUUUAUCUUCCCCGAAUGGCGACAAAAUCUGGGACAUCUACAGGUCCUGUGAGGGAUAAACAGUACCGGUCCAGAACUGUGGAAGCUAUGUAUUCAGAUGAAGUGCUUCUGGGUAGACCUGAGGUUGCAGAUACGGAGCCUGCUACUGUUAUAUUUUUGUUAGACUUCCUUGUUUUCACUUUCACGCAGCAAACACACACUGGUGUGUUGGAAUGUACAGAACACUGAGCUCUGUCUCACACACACGUACUCAUACGAAGAAACACACACUGAUUGCCUUGUGUGUGUGUGUGCUCUCACUUCCUCCAGUAUAAAGCCAGCCCCUUACACAAGUACCUUUGUUACAAACCUUGUGUAUUGGCUGUCAUGGGGAACAAGCUUUGAUCUGGUGUUGAAUUCAGGGCCUGUUGACAGGGUUUGGCUGCAUACCAUGAACCGUGAUAUUUUUUAAUUGCCGUGGUUGAAAGACGGCCAAGUCAUUACCUGAAUGUGCUCGAAUUGCAUCCUACUUUUUAAAGGUGUCGAUAGACAGAGCCAGAACAAAGCCAGACCUACAGGCCACAGCUACCAGAGCACCGGUGGUCAGAUAUGAUGCCUCAAACAUCCUGCUGUCUCUUGGCUUCAUAGGCUGGUGUGUCAGAACAAGACCCUGGUGUAGCAGUCUGGAGACCAUAGCUCUGAGGGAGGACUGUAGAAGGAGCCAUUGGCUGGGGAGGGGAGGCUGGGGAGGGGAGG